UAAUGAGAUAAUUUUUACGUAAAAGCAAGUCGCACGCAAUAUUCGCGAUAGUUCAUUUAUAUCUGUAUAUCAGUGCAGUUAAUUCAAGACAAAAGAGAAUGAAAUUCAUCUUAUUACUUCUUGGGUUUGGAAUAGCAAAGGGGGCAUUUACAGAGGAUGCCCCGCCAAUAGUUCAAACUAGUCUGGGUGGAAUUGAAGGAUCCAUAAAAAAAUCAUACAAUGGUCGUACAUAUGCAGCCUAUGAAGGUAUACCUUAUGGGCUUCCCCCAAUGUUGGAAAGGAGAUUUCAGCCUCCUGAGCCAAUCACUGGAUGGAUUGGUAAUUUAUCUGCUACCAAACCAGGUAGCCUAUGUAUUCAGUAUUCACAUACACCUAAAAACAUAGAUGACCGAGUUAUAGGAGACGAAGAUUGCCUUUAUUUAAAUGUUUACGUUCCAUACACUGUGACCAAAAAACAAUUGCCAGUUAUCUUUUCAGUUCACGGUGGCGGUUUUCAAUUUGGUGAAGCAGAUACUGGGGCCAAAUUCCUCAUGGACCGUGAUGCCAUUGUAGUAACAAUAAGUUAUCGUCUCGGGAUUUUUGGUUUCCUUAGUACUGAAGAUGAUAUUGUGCUUGGUAAUAUGGGAUUGAAAGAUCAGAGCAUGGCUUUGCGUUGGACAUCAGAAAAUAUUCAAUAUUUCGGAGGUGAUCCAAAAAAAAUUACACUUAUUGGAAUCAGUGCUGGCGGGGCAAGCGUUCAUUAUCAUUAUUUAUCACCGUGGAGCAGAGGACUGUUCCGAAAUGGUAUAUCCUUUAGUGGGGCAACAUUUGGCCCAGGAAAGCAAACUGAAAAUUCACGCGAGAAAGCACAUGAAUUAGGUGCUUUAUUGGGAUGUCCAACGGAGAACACCUCUGAAAUGGUUACAUGCUUGCGUUCUAGACCAGCUAGAUCAAUAUCUCAGGCAACAAAACAUUUCAUGCCAUGGCUCUAUAAUCCAUUCACACCUUUCGGUCCUGUUGUGGAAAAAACUGGCGAUAAGCCGUUUGUUGAUCGCUCUCCUAUCGAAAUUAUUAGCAGUGGAGAUGCAGCUGAUUUACUAUGGAUAACUGGCCUUGUCAGCGAAGAAGGACUAUAUCCAGCUGCAGAGUUUAUAAACAACGAUACACUACUUCAAGAGUUAAAUGACAACUGGGAUAGUAUAGCACCGCACUUAUUGGAUUACAAUUUUACCAUACCUCUGGAUAUGCAUGCGACAGUAGCAAGAAAAAUAAGAAAUCACUAUUUAGGAACUAAACAAAUCGACUGGAAAACGACUCAGGCAUUAACAUAUCUGAUUAGCGAUAGAUUAUAUGCGGUUGAUGGUGAAAAAGCAGCCAGAUGGCAAGCUAAAAUGAGCAAAAGCCCUGUAUACUUUUGGUACUACAGUUACAGAGCCCUUACCAGUUCCAGCGACGUGCUCAGUAAUUCUAUGAAUAAUUAUGGUGUGGCUCACAGUGACGAUUUCAGCUUACUUUUUGAAGAAAAUUACAUGUACCCACCAAUGAGAGCGAGCGAUAGAGCAAUGCAAGAGAAAAUGAUUGAUUUUGUUGUUUCCGUCGCAGAAAAGGGCUCUCCUGAUUUUGGCCUUGAUUUUGAAUGGAAAAAACUCGACCCAUCCAAAAACGAAUUGGAAUUCUUACACAUUGCAGGUCCUGAUGACAUUAAAAUGAGAACCGCCAGCAAUUUCGCUGAAAAACGCUUCUGGUUCACCAUCAACUUCAACGAGAACAAAUUAUAAUUUAAAAGUUUGAUUUUCAAAGAAAAUAGAAUCAUUAUAAUAUACCCUGCCUUAAAUAUAAUUAUGCGUUCCCAAUGUAUUUCUAAUAUAAUUAUUGUAUCUAAUAAUUAUCCUGUUAAGCAUAAUUAAAGAUCAUUACAA